CGGCCCCGGGGGAGCAUGCGAAUACUAAUCAGUGUGCGAGUUACCACCAUGGAUGCUGAGCUGGAGUUUGCCAUCCAGCCCAACACCACGGGGAAGCAGCUCUUUGAUCAGGUGGUAAAGACAAUUGGACUGAGAGAAGUGUGGUUUUUUGGACUUCAGUACCAGGAUACCAAGGGCUUCUCAACAUGGUUGAAACUCAACAAAAAGGUGACGGCCCAGGACGUUCGCAAGGAAAGCCCAUUGCUCUUCAAGUUCCGUGCCAAGUUCUACCCAGAGGAUGUGGCUGAAGAGCUAAUUCAGGAUAUCACGCAGCGCCUCUUCUUCCUUCAGGUGAAGGAGGGCAUCUUGAAUGAUGAUAUUUACUGCCCUCCAGAGACUGCCGUCCUUCUCGCUUCUUAUGCUGUCCAGUCAAAAUAUGCAGACUUCAACAAGGAAGUGCACAAGACUGGCUAUCUUGCUGGUGAUAAACUCGUUCCACAAAGAGUUUUGGAGCAGCACAAACUCAAUAAGGACCAGUGGGAGGAGAGGAUUCAGGUGUGGCAUGAGGAACAUCGGGGAAUGCUCAGAGAAGAUGCCAUCUUGGAAUACCUGAAAAUUGCACAAGAUCUGGAAAUGUAUGGGGUGAACUACUUCAGUAUUAAGAACAAGAAAGGCUCUGAACUCUGGCUAGGUGUAGAUGCCCUUGGCCUCAACAUAUAUGAGCAGAAUGACAGGCUAACUCCAAAAAUUGGAUUCCCUUGGAGCGAGAUCAGGAAUAUCUCAUUUAAUGACAAGAAGUUUGUCAUCAAGCCCAUUGACAAGAAAGCUCCAGACUUUGUAUUCUAUGCCCCACGACUACGAAUUAACAAGCGAAUCCUGGCGCUGUGCAUGGGGAACCACGAACUCUAUAUGCGCAGGCGUAAGCCAGACACCAUUGAAGUGCAGCAAAUGAAGGCACAGGCUCGGGAAGAAAAACAUCAGAAACAGAUGGAGAGAGCCCUGCUGGAGAAUGAGAAGAAGAAGAGGGAACUGGCAGAGAAGGAGAAAGAGAAGAUUGAACGUGAGAAGGAGGAGCUGAUGGAACGGCUCAGGCAAAUUGAGGAGCAAACGAAGAAGGCUCAGCAAGAACUGGAAGAACAGACCCGCAGAGCAUUGGAGCUGGAUCAAGAAAGGAAACGAGCCCAGGAGGAAGCAGAGAAGCUGGCUAAGGAACGUCGGGAGGCAGAAGAGGCAAAGGAAGCCCUGCUGAAAGCUUCCAAUGACCAGAAGAAAACCCAGGAACAGCUGUCUUCAGAGAUGGCAGAACUUACAUCUAGAAUCAUGCAGCUGGAGGUGGCCAGGCAGAAGAAGGAGAGUGAAGCCUUUGAGUGGCAACAGAAGGCCCAGAUGGUGCAGGAGGACCUAGAAAAGACCAAAGAAGAACUGAAGACGGCCAUGACCACCCCUCAUGUCACUGAACCCAUCCAUGCCGAGAAUGAGAAUGAUGAACAGGAUGAGAAUGCUGCAGAGGCCAGUGCUGAACUGCGGUCAGAUGCUACUAUUAAGGACCGCAGUGAGGAGGACCGCACCACUGAAGCAGAGAAGAAUGAACGAGUCCAGAAACACUUGAAGGCUCUUACCUCAGAGCUGGCAAAUGCCAGGGAUGAAACCAAGAAGACAGCCAAUGACAUGAUCCAUGCUGAGAACAUGAGGCAGGGCCGAGAUAAGUACAAGACCCUCCGCCAGAUUCGACAGGGCAACACCAAGCAGCGCAUUGAUGAGUUUGAGUCCAUGUAAACUCUCCUGCACCUGCCGUCCCCGCACUCCCCAUUUUUUCCCAUCCUCUCCCGUCACUCACGUGUAAUCGUGCUGCGCUGGAACCACUACAGAAGAAUGACCCUGGUCUUAUUUAUCAAGUUUUGUGCAG